AGGGCAGGGUGGGAGUCGCGCCUGCUGGCUUACCUCCCCUCAGACUUCGUGCUCGGAAUGGGAAACCCCAGAUCGCUGCCUAGCUGACCGAGGCUUGCAGCUGGAGGAAUCGAGUUCGGGCAUCUCUGAAGAGAAAAUUGUGGAUUUUCCUCUAGAAAUUGCUGGAGAGUCAAAGUAUCGGAGCUGGACUGGUAUUUGGAAAGCUGCGGGCUUUGCUGAAUUUAGCUUUUUGGUCGAGAAGACCCCGACCAGCUAGCUAAUCGGCGAGUGCGAGCUGUGGGAGCUGGCGUUAGCCAGCCGCUCCCGCCGCCUCUUCCCCUUCUUUCACUUUGGUGGGUGAAAAAAUGAAACAAGAGUUUUAAACUUUGAGUAGUCAUCAUGGAAGAUUCAGAAGGACAUCAUUUCAGCUCGGUGGAAGAGGAAGCCAGAUACUGGAAAGAGAUGGCUAUGAAAUACAAGCAGUGUGCUGAGAACACACAAGAGGAGUUGCAUGAAUUCCAAGAAGGGAGUCGAGAGUAUGAAGCUGAACUGGAGACUCAGCUGCAGCAAACAGAGUCCAGAAACAGAGACCUCCUGUCAGAAAACAAUCGUCUGCGAAUGGAGCUGGAGUCAGUCAAAGAAAAGAUUGAAAUGGAGCAUUCGGAAAGAUACAGGCAAAUCUCUGCACUGGAAGAUGACUUGGCGCAGACAAAAGCUGUUAAAGAUCAACUUCAGAAAUACAUUCGAGAACUUGAGCAAGCAAAUGAUGACUUGGAAAGAGCAAAAAGAGCCACUAUAAUGUCUCUGGAAGAUUUUGAACAGCGUUUGAACCAGGCUAUCGAAAGAAAUGCUUUUCUGGAGAGUGAGCUGGAUGAGAAAGAGAACCUUCUGGAGUCUGUGCAGCGCCUGAAGGAUGAAGCUAGAGAUCUACGACAGGAGCUUGCAGUGCAGCAGAAACAGGAGAAACCAAAAACACCAAUGCGAUCUGCCCUGGAAACAGAAAGAACAGACACUGCAGUUCAAGCAUCCUUAUCCGUGCCUUCAACUCCCUCAGUGCACCGGGUGCCCAACAGCAACAUGCACACUCCUGUGACACUUAGGAGAGGUCUUGAGGACAGUUACAGUGCCACUCCUCUCACACCUGCUGCAAGAAUAUCUGCACUUAACAUCGUGGGAGACUUGCUGCGAAAAGUGGGAGCUUUGGAGUCCAAACUUGCAUCUUGCCGAAACUUUGUGUGUGACCAGUCUCCGAAGAGAGCCACGGUGUCCAUGUGCAUGAGCAGAGACCUAGAAACACGCCUCAGCCCUCACCAGCCUCUCUGUGAUAUGGGGUUAGCAAAACGCCUGGAGUUUGGAACACGGUCUUCAAAUGUUCCAGGACCGAUGAGCCAUUCCUCACAAAGUGUUGUCAAGAUGCUGCUAUGAAAAGCCUGACUGGCUUUGGAGGAGAAGUUUUUAAAGUAUAUAUAUAUUAAACUUCAGUUUUUAAAGGAAUAUCACUGAGCAAUCGGGCAGCAGUCUCAGGGUAGGUGAGAGCUAAACAAGAAACUGCAGUUGGCAGUGUCCUUGCCUGUCCCGGCCUCUUGGCCAGCUUCUGGGGGUAGUGUGAUAAAUCAAUGCUGUCUAGCUGUGCAGGACUUACAAUUGUUUCCUACAUCAGUUGCUCUAAAUAUCUCCUUGAAAGUGACUUCUCUUGAUGCUGCCAGUAAAGCCAUUGUCCCUCUACGUCGGGGGUCCUCAAACUUUUUAAACAGGGGGCGGGCUCACUGAGACUGUCCGGGGCCGGACUGUGGUUCCAGCCCAGUCCCGGCGGAUGCAUUUAAGUGGCAGGA